AUGUAUGCAACGGUAACCCCCGCCUGCUUCAACGUCGACAUCGGUGAAGACAGCGAGGGCCCCGUGGACGUUCCCGAACGGUGUCCCCUGGGAGCGCUGAGCCUGCGCCUUCGCCGGGGCCCCGUGGAGCGCACCGAGGCCCCCCGCUGGCUGGUGGGGCUCCUCAGGGACGCCCUGGCGCGCUGGGGACCCGUCGAGUGGCCGCUGGCGCUGCGCAACGCCUCCUCCGCCCCGGCGCCCACCUGCUGGGAGGAGGCCGGGGCUCGCCGGCAUGCCUUCUCAACUAGACUGCACGGCUACCUCCGGGCGGCCGCGGCGGAGGCGGUGCAGAGCCAGCGGUUCCCGCCGCCGGUGUUCGACGUGCUCAACCUGGUGCCGGCGGGCAGCGUGGCGCGCUGGCGCCCCGUGGGCAACGUAACGCGUGGUUCGGCGCAGCUCGACUCGGUUCUCUGGCCCUCGGGCCCUGGACAGCAGCCCACGCUGACGGGGCCCCGCGCCUGGGGCCGACAGCGGUUCCGCGUGGUCACCGCGUACGCGGCGCCUUUCGUCAUGGCCGCCACCCGCAUCGGGAACGGCAGCUGCCUCAGUGGUGUCCCCUGUCUACAGGUGUUCACCGCUGACCCGGAAGAACUGGCAGCGCUGUUCGCGCACUACCACCAGACUCGCGGCGCGACCAGGCACCCGCUGUACAACGUGACCUGCUGCGCGGGAAUCGCCAUGGAUCUGCUCACCUCCCUCGCCCGUGACCUGGCCUUCGACUUCGACCUGUACCUGGUCGCCGACGGCAGCUUCGGCACCGACCGCGGCGGCAAGUGGGGAGGCAUCACUGCCGACCUCAUCUCCGGGGCUGCCCACCUAGCGGCGACUGCGUACUCUGUGACGUCAUCGCGGUCCCGCUGGGUGGACUUCUCGGUUCCCUACUUCCACUCGGGCGUCUCGUGCCUUGCCUACGCCGUCAAGCGCGACGUGCCCCUUUCGGCCUUCCUCAUUCCCUUCAGUGUGCCCCUCUGGCUCGCCAUCUUCCUCAGCCUCAAAGUGACAGCGCUAGCUGCUGCGCUGUACGAAUGGUUCUCGCCGUUCGGCCUGAACCCGUGGGGCCGCCAGCGGACCAAGAACUUCAGCCUGGCGUCGGCGCUGUGGGUGAUGUGGUCGCUCCUCUUCUCGCACCUCGUGGCCUUCAAGGCGCCCAAGUCGUGGCCCAACAAGGUGCUCAUCAACCUGUGGGGCUGCUUCUCCGUCAUAUUCCUUGCCUCGUACACGGCCAACAUCGCCGCCCACUUCGCCGGCCUCUUCUUCCAGAUGCAAGUGCACGACUUCCACGACACCAGCCUGCUGAGCCAACGCACGGGCACGGCCCGCGGCACGGCCGCCGAGGGCUACGUGUUCGCCGAGAAUAAGCGCCUCUGGGAGCACAUCCAGCGGUUCGGCGUGCCCACGCUUGAGGACGGCCUGGAGUCCCUCCGGUCGGGCGCGCUCGACGUCCUCAUCGGCGACACGGCCGUGCUCAACUACUACCGGGCCAACGAGCCCAGCUGCCGGUUGCGGCUGCUGGGCGACUCCAUCUUCGACGACGCCUACGCCGUGGGCAUGACCCGCGGCUUUCCACUCGCUCAAGGGAUCUCCGAGCUGGUGCUGCGCUACAACGCGCUCGGCUACCUCGACCAGCUGCACAGCAAGUGGUACGGCCGCGCGCCCUGUUUACAGGAUGGCCUGCUGCAGCGGCUGGACAAGCCGCUUCCGCUGGGCGUGCGCGCGGUGGCCGGCUUGUUUCUGAUGCUGCUGGUCGGUCUGCUGGCCGGCUCGCUCGUUCUCAUCAUCGAGCACCUCGUCUUCCGCUACGCUCUGCCGGGCCUCAGGGCCCGCUCGCGAAACUGCUUCUGGAAGAGCCCGAACCUCAUGUUUUUCAGCCAGAAACUUUACCGCUUCAUCAACACGGUGGAGCUGGUAUCCCCACAUCACUCGGCCAAGGAGAUUGUGAGCAACCUUCGAGAAGGCCAAAUCGCCAGUCUGUUCCAGAAGAGCGUUAAGCGAAAAAUCAAGGAGGAGGCUCGCCGUAGGAAGAGCAAGUCCCAGUUCUUUGAGAUGAUCCAGGAAGUGCGUCGGGCUGUUCAACAGCAACAAUCGGAACGAGACGCCGACGAGGCCGAGUCGCCAACGAGCCGCCAAGACGACGGCCCGCUCAGCGCUACAUCCAGUAGUGGGCCCCUUUUGGUCCGGGAGCACAGAGGCUCCCCAUCAACGAGCAGCAGCAGUCCUGCCUCCCGUCCCAGCUCGCCGCGCCUUCGGGGCGCGGGCGCACUCCUAAGCGUCAGCCUCGAGACGCUCGUGGCACCUCGCGUGCCGGUGCGUCGGCGGCGAGCCAAGUCCCUGGGCGACCUCUCGCAAAUGCGGCCGCCCUGGGAGCCCCGACGAGUCACCCUGGCCGCGUCCGGGCCGCUGGACGACGUCUGCCUACAGGGCCUCUCCCGCGAGCAACUCGUCCGGCGCUGGCGCGACUCCGAGCGCCGCCUGCUCAACCUGCUGCGCGAGGCGGUACGCGAAAAGCAGGCGCUCGAGCGAAAGCUGGCCUUUCUGCACAACGCCCUGCGCAGGAAGCCGCCCUGAUGAUGGGACGAAGAGCCGCUCUGCUAGCGGCGGCUCUUCCUUUGGCAUCUAGUCCCUGUGCUUACGUACUCUUUGACGGCCGCCAACCAAUGAAGUGGCACGCAAGGGCUUUCGGCAAUCGGACCUCGUGAUGGCCGGGAGGCCCGCGACGGUGCAGCGCCAUCUACGUUAUAUGCGCUCGUUCCUUUUGCUUGCU